CGCGCGCGCGCACGCACACUCUCAGCAGCCCGUCAAUGGGAUACUCAGCAUACGGACUUCUUUGGACUCCUGCAUAAAAUUAAAAAAAAGGAAAAAAGAUUUACAUUUUUAUUAUAUUUUGUGGUCUGUUUUUUUCCCUCAUAACAAAAGCGCUACGGGUUUGAUCGGGUUGAUUCAGCUGUUGUGAAAUCAGCCUUAUGACAGUGCGGCAUGGGUAGGACGCGGGUUUUUACGCUGUGGGGAGACACCGUCCUGGUCCUCUUGCUUCUCUGGGAAGGCUCUUGGGGACUGUAUUUCCCUCAGCCCACAUACACAGAGAGCAUCUAUAUUGGCCAGGCUGCAGGUACACCAGUGCUACAGGUGCAUCCCAUGCGGGAGAGAGCUUCAGAGCAGCCAUACUUCUGCCUGUACUGGAAGAAACCUGCUCCUUAUGCAUCGUGGUUCUAUAUCGACUCUGCGACAGGAGUGAUCUACAUGAACAAAACACUGGAUUGGACAGAUUUUGAGUCAUUAUCUAGCAACUGGCCUGCGCUGGCAAGGAGGUUGUCCCUGAAAGUGACAGUAUCCCAAAUGCAAUGCGCACUGUUUCACAGUGUGGAGAUCAGUCUUAUAUUCUUCAAUGCAACAGCACCCGCAUGUGGCCACAUGAAGUCAAUGAAACUGUGCUUUCCUGAUCGCGACACAAACCCCCACAUCAAGGAGAACCGCAUACCCGGAUCUUUGCGCCAGCUUCGUCGCUUUACCCAUGCUAACCUCUGUCCCAACUACACCAUCAGCUAUGAGGUGGAACCAGAGACCCCAGGGCCAUUUGUGGUCAAUGACACCACUUCUGAGCUGGUAGUCACAGCACCUUUAGACCGUGAGGAAAAGGAGGUCUAUCUUCUGCUCAUAAAAUGUUUAGUAUGGAGAGAAAAGACAAUGCAUACUGUUCUUACUACCCUGCAUAUAAACAUACAUGAUGAAGAUGACAAUCCCCCAUAUGUGAAUGGCACAGACACUGAAGAUGUGCUUAUUGAAUUUAGCCGCAGUAAGGGAGCUGCGUUUGGCAAUCUGUUUGUUUAUGACAGAGACACAACUUCUACCUAUCAGAAGGAACAGAGCCAGAAUAAGUAUGUAUGGACGCUUUUGACUAAUGACUCCUGGAUUAAAGACACAUUUACUAUUCAGCAGAAUUUCAGUGAAGAAAAGCCCAUCUUUGGCAACGUGCGAGGCACAGUCUAUAAAUACAAGUUGCUUCUCAACAGGAACAUUUUAGUGGAUGAGAAGCGCUCAUUUCAGUUGGAUUUUCUGGUCAAUGAUACUACAUUUCAAGGCCCUGAGGGAACUCUGAUGCUGCAUUUCAAUGUUACCAUCUUGCCAGUUCCUAUAAGCUUUGGUAACACUUCCUACAUCUUUGGGCUCUCUCGGAAGUCCAUGGCCUACUCCAAGAUUGACAAUGUAUGUGUGGACAACUGCCUGAAGUUCAAGGGUAUUGAAAUUGCAUACCAUUUAGAGUUGGGUGUCAAGAACAUCUCGGCUGACAUUCAGUCCUGCUACACGGCAGUUGAUGUGGCACGGAAUCUCGAGGACAUGUCUGGUGUUCUCUAUGUAAACGACACAGAGCCCCUACACAGGCCUGAAUGUCAGGAGCUGCAUUAUGUGCUUGUUGCUGAUGAGCUGCAUAAGAAGUUUCAGACAAAAACAACAGUCAUCAUCAGUUUUGAAGGCGAAGCGGAUCCUUUAAUGACAGAGGGGCAGCGCUUGUUGGCCUGUGCAGCAAAAAGACAGCGUGGGGAGUGUGAGACAUUUAGAGGCCUGGGAACUCCCAGUGGAAGAUGUCAGUGGAGACAGAGCACAGAAAAGGGUGUCAUAUCAGAAAAGUAUUCCACUUGUUCUCCAGACCUGCGUACUUGUCCAGAUGGCUACUGUGAUGUGAUUGAAAGCAAAAAUAUAUCCAUAUGUCCUCAGGAUUGCACCCGUGAGCCAAUUAUUGGAGGCCAUGAGAGAGGCCUGAUGCUUGGCAUUAAGGCAGGACAUGGAACCUGCUAUUGCUAUUCAGAAAAGUGUUUUUGUGAGCAAGAUGAUAUGGAAGAGGCGAUAUGCGAUGAUAUGUGUAAGACUGUCAUAGCCACUGCAGUCCUUCUCUCCUUUAUCGUCUCCAUUCUCCUCUCCUCCUACUUCAUCCAUCGUUAUCACAAGAGCACCCCCAAACCACCCAUCGCUUCAGCUGAGAUGACUUUCCGCAGACCUGCCCAGUCCUAUCCUAUCAGCUACUCCGCCAACAACGUCCGACGAGGAUCUCUGGACUCCAUGGAAAACCAGGUCGCCAUCGACACCUUCAAGAUACCUGAGGAUCCGAAGUGGGAAUUCCCACGAAAGAACCUAGUCCUGGGUAAAACUCUCGGAGAGGGAGAGUUUGGGAAGGUCGUAAAAGCAACAGCAUUCCGGCUUAAAGGAAAGGCAGGCUACACUACAGUAGCUGUAAAAAUGUUAAAAGAAAACGCUUCUCACAGUGAACUUCGUGACCUGUUGUCAGAAUUCACCCUUCUUAAGCAAGUCAACCAUCCACAUGUAAUCAAAAUGUAUGGUGCUUGUAGCCAGGAUGGCCCCUUGUAUCUGAUCGUUGAAUAUGCCAAGUAUGGAUCACUGCGAAACUUUCUGAGAGAGAGCCGGAAAGUGGGGCCCAGCUAUAUGGGUAACGAUGCCAACCGCAACUCCAGCUACCUUGAGAAUCCAGAUGAAAGAGCUCUGACCAUGGGAGACCUCAUUUCAUUUGCCUGGCAGAUUUCCAGAGGAAUGCAAUACCUAGCUGAAAUGAAGCUUGUUCAUAGAGAUCUUGCUGCAAGGAAUGUGCUUGUAGCAGAGGGCAGAAAGAUGAAGAUAUCAGACUUUGGUUUGUCUCGAGAUGUCUAUGAGGAAGAUUCCUAUGUAAAGAGGAGCAAGGGUCGUAUUCCUGUCAAAUGGAUGGCUAUUGAAUCCCUGUUUGACCACAUAUAUACCACACAAAGUGACGUCUGGUCCUUCGGAGUGCUGUUAUGGGAAAUCGUGACCCUGGGUGGAAAUCCGUACCCAGGCAUUGCACCAGAGCGACUCUUUAAUCUACUCAAGACUGGCUACAGGAUGGAAAAACCUGAGAACUGCACUGAAGAAAUGUAUAAUCUGAUGCUUCGCUGCUGGAAGCAGGAACCAGAUAAGAGACCGACCUUUAGUGAGAUCAGCAAAGAGCUGGAGAAGAUGAUGGUGAAAAGCAGAGACUAUCUGGAUCUGGCAGCUUCCACUCCUGCAGACGCACUGCUAUAUGACGACACUCUGUCUGAAGAGGAUACUCCUCUAGUGGACUGUAAUAACGCCCCUCUCCCUCGAACCCUCCCUUCCACUUGGAUUGAAAACAAGCUCUAUGGCAUGUCAUACCCGAACUGGCCUGAGAAGAGCCCGGUACUGCUCAACAGACUUGAUGCAACUAAUCCAGAAUUUACAAGAUAUGCCAAUGAUAGUGUUUAUGCAAACUGGAUGGCUUUGCCUUCUCCUACAAAAAUUAUGGACAAGCUUGAUAGUUAAAGACAAAUAGUUACAGAUGUGUAAAUGUAUAUUUAACUGUAUAUAAGUUACAUGAUGCUAAAGUUUGUUCCCUUUUAUUUCUGUUGCUUUAGCAUUCUGUAUAAAGAGGCGUCUGACUGCAAAUUGGCUGGAAUUAAUCACACUGUUAUACACAGUAUUUAGGUAUCUUCACCUUGAAGUCCUGUUGCCAAUGUGAUAUCACUGCAUGACUGUGUACAAAGUUUAAUGUGCAUAUUCAGUGUCUUUCAAGUGCCUGUGUCGCUUCUUCUAUAGCCUCAAGUAUGAAAUAUAACAAAUGAAAUCUCAGCCCAGAAAUGAAAAGGGAACUUCUUUUCCAUCACCUGCUGUAGAUUUUUUUUUAAUAAUUGUACAAAGAAUUGAUACCAAGGCCAUAUAAAGAAUUGCAACCUAUUCUUGAACCCUUUGCCAAAUAAAUAAUACCAACGAAAUUUGUCACAAGAAUUAUUUCCAAUAUUUCUUAAGAUACCUCAAAUUUAAACUGAUUCUAAACAGUGUAAAUAUACUGAUUUAGUGUCUCAUGGCCAGUUAUUUUUGAUUUCUUGUGAAGACAUUCUUUGUGCAACCAUUCUAAUGCAAAUGAGUGUGAUUUCUUGUUAUAUUAUCAUAACAUUAUUAAUUUGAAAUCAAUAAAACUGGUAGACGUU